AUGUCUUCCACAAACGAGCCUAUGCGCGUACCGGACAUAUCGGCUCUGACUGCGACCGUAAAAACGUACAUCGAUGUUUUCAGAACGCUAGACACGGAGGCCCUGUCCCGCAUCCUCAGCGACGAGUAUAGUCACCGAUUUGCGCCAACCUCGGCUAACCUUCCUGGUUCUAUGGAUCAUAACGGUUUUGUUGCUCGCUUCAGACGCGUCGGAGAGGUCAUGUCUUCCUUCACUGUCAUCUUCAAGCAGAUGUGGCACAAUCCGUCACUACAACAGGUCCUCGUAUGGGCGAGCUUCGAGACCAACUUCCACAGGCAUUAG